AUGAGAGAACAUCCAGCUGCCUUCAAAUACCUCAGUGAUCCAGCACGUGCCGAGCGACUUAUGGAGGCUGUUGAAAUUCUCCAUCGGAACGCUCGACAAGAGCUUCGAGAGCUGCACGAGAGAAUGGAGGCUCUGAACAGACGUCAGGAGCGCCUCAGAAUACUUGCACAACAAAUUGACGAAUUCAAUAACAACGCCAACACGGACACCACCGAGCAGCAAAUUCGUCAGGAGAUGAUGAACCUCAAUCUUGAUGUUGGUCGUGGCGCUGUUCAGCACGUUGAAGAGCCAGUGGUUGAGGAGAUGGAGCACAAUGACCAAGUAAUGGAGGAGAGGACAGAAGAGGAGAAGCAAACCAAUAAUUAA